AAUGAUUACUGGAAAAAGAAAAAUAUUCCACAUCUUAAACCGAGAUUAAUUUUUGGUAACUUUAGUGAUUAUAUUCUAUUUAGAAAAAGUGCUCCGAUUAUUGUAAGUGAAAUUUGUGACAAGUUCCCCGACGAGCCGUACGUCGGCGUAUUCUAUGGUACAGCACCAGCUCUCGUCGUCAAAGAUCCUAAGCUUGUAAAACUAGUUUUGGCACAGGACUUCUUUUACUUCAAUGGCAGAGAAAAUACGGACUACGCUAACCGAGAAGCGAUAACCAAAAAUAUAUUUUUCAACGGAGGCGAUCCUUGGAAAGUGUUACGACAGAAUUCAACUCCACUCUUCACAUCUGCAAAACUAAAGAACAUGUUUCCAACGAUCAAGGAGUGUGCUAAGGAAAUGGACUCGUUCCUUGAAGAAGAAAUAAAAAUAUCGGAGAACAUUAACUCAAAAUCGUUGUUGGCGAGAUACUCGAUGGAUUGCAUUAUCAACUGUGUAUUCGGUCUAAGAGCGAACACUUUGAAGAGAGAUAAAGGUGUGAACCCAUUUGUAAACCUAGGAGAACAAAUAUUUGACACAUCAACCAUGGCAGGUUUGAAAAUAAUUUCUCGAUCUAUUUGGCCUUCUUUAUUUUACGCAUUGGGUUUUCAGUUGUUUGAUGAGAAAAUUAGUUUGUUUUUCAAAAACUUAUUUAUCGGAGCCCGUAAAAAUCGCCUUAAGGGGCGAAGUUCGAUGCAAAACUUCGUUGAUCUUAUUUUAAGCUGGGAAGAGGAAACUUACAUUGUUGGAGAUAGUUUCGCUAAUAGCGAAAGUAGUGACAAGAAGAUAGAAAGAAUGGAAGUAAAUGAAGACUUACUUGUAGCGCAGUGCACGGGUUUUUUCGGGGCCGGUUUUGAAACAACGUCAUCUACACUCAAUUUUCUUCUUUACGAAUUAGCAAAAAAUAAACGAGUUCAAGGCAGAGUUCUAGAAGAAGUAGACGCAUACUUUAAUAGAUAUGAUGUUAUUAAAUAUGAAUGCUUAAACGAAAUGCCUUAUCUUGAAGCAUGUAUUGACGAAACUCUUCGUCUCUAUCCGGUAUUGGGGAACGUCACCAGAGAAGUGAUGAGUAACUACACAUUGCCAACAGGUCUUCGACUACAGAAAGGAGAUCGCGUUCACAUACCUGUAUAUCAUAUCCAUCGACACCCAGAUUUCUUCCCUGACCCUACGUCAUACCGUCCCGAACGAUUCUUUGGCGAUGAGAAGAAGAAAAUCAAACAAUUUACCUUCAUGCCAUUCGGUGAAGGUCCAAGAGUUUGUAUUGGUGCUCGUUUUGCCAGAAUGGCGAUGUAUGCAGGACUACUGACCAUAUUCAGGAAGUAUAGGAUCGAACUGGCUGAGAACAUGCCACUAACUUUAGAAUUCAGGCCGGGGUCUGUUGUUACACAGUCUACAACUAAUAUACUCGUCAAAUAUAUUCAUCGAGAUUAUAAUGAUUACUGGAAAAUGAGAAAUGUUCCAUAUCUGAAACCGAGACUACUUUUUGGCAACUUUAGUGAUUAUAUUCUAUUUAGAAAAAGUGCGCCAAUAGUAACAAGUGAAAUUUGUGACCAGUUCCCCGGCGAGCCGUACGUCGGCGUAUUUUAUGGUACAGCACCAGCUCUCGUCGUCAAAGAUCCUAAGCUUGUAAAACUAGUUUUGGCACAGGAUUUCUAUUACUUCAAUGGCAGAGAAAAUACAGACUAUGCUUACAAUGAAGCUGUAACAACAAGCAUAUUUUUCAACGGAGGUGAUCAUUGGAAAGUAUUACGACAGAAUUUAACUCCACUUUUCACGUCUGUGAAGUUAAAGAAUAUGUUCCCAAGGAUCAAGGAGUGUGCUGAAGAAAUGGACACGUUUCUUGAAAAAGAAAUAAAAAUAUCAGAGAAUAUUAACUCAAAAUCAUUAUUGGCGAGAUAUUCAAUGGAAUGCAUUAUUAAUUGUGUAUUCGGUCUAAGAGCGAACACUUUGAAGAGAGAUAAAGGUGUAAACCCAUUUGUAAUCCUAGGAGAACAAAUAUUUGACACAUCAACCAUGACAGGUUUGAAAAUAAUUUCUCGAUCCAUCUGGCCUUCUUUAUUUUACGCAUUGGGUUUUAAGUUGUUUGAUAAGAAUAUUGAAUUAUUUUUCAACAAAUUAUUUGCCGAGGCCCGUAAAAAUCGAAAAAAGGAGAGAAUUCUGAAGAAAGACUUUCUUGAUCUAAUUUUAAGCUGGGAAGAAGAAAACUACUUAAGCGGAAACAGUUUCAGCAAUACUGAAAGUAGUGACAAGAGGAUAGAAAGAAUAAAAGUAAAUGAAGACUUACUUGUAGCGCAGUGCACGAGUUUCUUUGGAGCUGGUUUUGAAACAACAUCAUCUACACUAAAUUAUCUUCUUUACGAAUUAGCAAAAAAUAAACGAGCUCAAGACAGAGUUCAAGAAGAAGUAGACGCAUACUUUAAUAGAUAUGAUGUUAUUAAAUAUGAAUGCUUAAACGAAAUGCCUUAUCUUGAAGCAUGUAUUGACGAAACUCUUCGUCUCUAUCCCACGUUAGGAAACCUCACCAGGGAAGUGAUGCAUAGCUACACAUUGCCAACUGGUCUUCGACUACAGAAAGGAGAUCGUGUUCAUAUACCUGUUCAUCAUAUCCACCGACACCCGGACUACUUCCAAGAUCCUAUGUUGUAUCAACCCGAAAGAUUCUUCGGUGAUGAGAAGAUGAAAAUUAAACCAUACACCUUCAUGCCCUUCGGUGAAGGACCAAGAGUUUGUAUUGGUGCUCGGUUUUCAAAAAUGGUGAUGUAUGCUGGACUUUUGACGAUAUUCAGGAAAUAUAGGAUCGAGCUGGCAGACACGCCGUUAAGUUUGAAAAUGAGACCGGUGACAAUUGUGACGCAGACAUCAACAAUCGUACAUGUUAAAUUUAUACCUCGUGACCUUUAA